CCUUGAAACGCGUCCAUCUUAUAUUGUAUAUAUUGUAAUUAAAUUCAUAUCACCAGAAGGAUCGUCUUAAAUUCUUACACCCCCAUAAGUAUGGACUCAAAGUACGUCACUGGGACUUAUGUACCUGGGUAGUAUCCAUCAUCACUGCUUCUGCGCCACCUGAUUACCAUCGUAUCGUAAUGUCGCCCAAUCUGGUACCCAUGGAAUCAAUUUGCGACCCGCAUAUCAAGCUAUUUUUGAGAUCUGAUGCCACCCCACGUGGGUUCUUUCAGAUCCCGCGGUAGGCUAACCGAGCUUCGAAAACUAUCCUCGACAGGAAGUUGAUAGUCAUGUGGUGUACCCCAAAUGCAAGUCCGGAAUCCGGGCCAUUUGGCUCAUGGGAUUUGCUUGAUCCUCCCGUGUCUUACUCAUGAUACCUGGAUUUGUAUAGGUAAUCGGCCGUUUAUAAAUAGUCGACUUGGCGACUAUAAAAUUACCAGGUGAGUUUCCGGGUCAUCAGAGAGUCUCUAUAAGUACCAGGUAGUAGUAUACAGAAUUGCGUGGCAUCGGAACUUACCUAACCUGCCUUCAUCGGUGUCUCAAAAUGCAGCUCACGGCCCUCUUCUCCCACUUCCUGGUCGUUGCCGGCGUAGUAAUGGCAGCGAACCUGCCCAUACGGAUCGUUACGUUUAACAUCCGCUACGCGGCGACAAACCUCGACAAGAACGAACUGCCGUGGGAGGACCGGCGCACCGGCCUGAUCAACCAGCUUUCGGGGGUGACAGCCAACGCCACAUCCGACGGCGCGGUCUCCGUGCUGGGACUACAAGAGGUCCUCGACAACCAGCUCAGCGACAUCCUAGACGGCCUAGGGUCGGACACCUGGACGCACAUCGGCUUCGGGCGCGACGACGGCGCGACAAAGGGCGAGUACAACCCCAUCAUCUACCGGCCCGACGUCCUCAGGCUCGUGCACAGCGAGAUGAAGUGGCUGUCCCCGACGCCCGACGAGCCCUCCUUCGGCUGGGACGCCGGCAGCCGCCGCGUCGUCGUCAUCGGCGUCUUCGAGCAUGCUGCUACCGGGAAGCGGUUCCUGCACGCGAACACGCACCUCGACAACGUGAGCGCGCGAGCGCGCACCGAGGGGGUAAAAGUCGUGGUCGCGCGCAUCCGCGCCGUGCUGGAGCAAUACGGGGGGCUGGGCGUCACGCUGACGGGCGACUUCAACUCCGAGCCCGGCGAGGAGGCGUAUACCACGCUAGAGGACAUGGGGUUCCUGGCCGAGCUGUGGACGUCGGGCGCGAAGAAGCUGGGCACGAAUGAGUUGACGUACACGGGGUUCUCGACGGAGGAGAAGAGUCGUAUUGAUUUUGUGUGGCUUGGGCCGGUGGGUGAGAGUAGGUAUGAGGCGGUGCAGUAUGAGAUUCUGGAUAAUGAUAUUGAUGAGGUGUUUAUUAGUGACCAUAGGGCUGUGGUUGCGGAUCUUGAGUUGCUGUAGGUAGAUGAGGUAGAAUAGCAGUAGGCCAAGCAAUUAUGAAUGAUAUAACUUAAAG